GAGGCGGGAUCGUUGUCGGCGCCAUUGUCGUCCUUUCAGUCGUGGGUGUGGGUGACCCAGGGCGCCGCUUUCCUCACUUCAGACCUGGGCCACGGUGGACCGGUUGUGAAUAAUUAAGGGUAAAGAAGAAACAAGUUGUAAAAAUCAUGGAAGACUAUAAAAACCCCGAUUUGAAAGAGGCUUCAGUAAAUCACAAGGAUUUUUGCAUAAGAAAAAGAGGGAAUCCUCAGGAGAUGGAGCUAGAGAACCCAAAAAAACCAAGAAUGAAGGAGCCUAACACAGAGAAUCAGGAACUAUGGGGGGAGGACCAACAAUACUUGUUGAAAGAAGGAAAGAAAUUCUCUAGGUCCAGAGAGAAGCCAAUACAAGAACAUGCCAUUACUAGAAAUUCUCUGAACCAGAAAGAAGUACUCGAAGAAAAGAGUGCUGGUCAAGACAUUGCAAACGAGGGAUUUUGGCAGACCCCUUCUUUUGUGGUUGGCAAGGUCCCUGUCAGGAAGGAUAAUGAAUCUGUAAUAUUCAAAACUACACCGAUGGAACAAACAUUCCCUUUGAGGUCAGAACAGAUAACUCUGGAGGUGAAGCCUGGAAAUAACGAAAAGCUGUCCAAGAAAAAAGGUGACAAAAUUACAAAACUACAAGAAGUUCAUGAAAGCAAGCCAGAAACUCCUGGUUGUGGAAAUCAAGGAAUCUGUGAAGAUGGGAAGCGUUCAGCAAAUAAAGAAGAUCCCUUAAGUAAAGUCACCAUUGGGGGGAAAAAGGGAACGAGGAAGUUUGUAAGCAUUAUAGAUUGGAGCACCAUGGAAGAAUCAAACAACAAAACAAUAGUUAGCAACCGGACAAAAGAUGUAAUUGGCAAAAAUAAGCAGGAAGUUCUUAAAGAAAAGGACUCAAAGAAAAGACAAGAAAAACAUCAUAAACAAAAACAUACUGAGUCUCAAAAGGCAGGGAAGUCAUUAAAGGAGAGUGGUAGUGAGCACAAGAAAACAAAAGAGAAGAUAGGAAGAAUUGAAAUGAUUGAGAGGAACCAUGGUGACACCCAAGAUGUCUUGAAAGAAAAGGCUGAAAAGGAAAACAACAAUACAAAAGAGAAUAUAAAAGAAUCUGAAAAAAAAGAAAAUGCAGAUAAAGUAGAAUAUGAUUGUAUCAACAGAAUGGGAGGAGAUCAUGAGAAAUGGCUGGAGAGCAAAAAAGAUGAUAACAAAAUGGUUCCUGUGGAAAUGGGCACUGAAAAGAAAAAUCAGACAAUAAAAACCCCCAAAGGACAAAAGUCAUUUGAAGGGAAACAUAUACAAAAUAAUGAAAAUAAAGGGGAAAAAGAACUGAGGGUUGAAAAAAUUAAAGAAGAAAAUGAAGUUGAAAAACAAGAUGGCACCAUGAAAGCAAAAGAGAGGAAGCUACAGGAGAACAAAACUAAAUCAGAAACAGUGGUUUAUAAAAAAGAAAAGAAAAGGAAGAAAAGCAAGGAAGAAGAAGAAGGCGUACACAAGUUAAAAGAAAGAAAGAUAGAAUAUUGGGGCCUAACAGAAGAAGGACAAAGAGAGAAAAAAAGAGAGAUAAAAACUGAAAGAGAGGAAAGUGGACAGACUCAGGAAGAAAAGCCGAGAGGCAGCCAUGAAGGAGGGAAAAAAAAGAAAAGACAGGAAAAAUCAAGAGAGAAGAAUGAAGCCAUACAAGAAAAGGAUCUAAAAGACAAGAAAGAAGCAAAAAAUCAAUUCCUGGUAAAGAAAAGUGGAGCAAAAGAUAAAGUGAAAAAGGAAAAGCUGUUAGUUAAUGAAGAAUGUUCCAAGAAAAAGGAAAAGAAAAAAGAUAAAGAAAUGAAGAAAAUCCCUAAGGAGGAAAAUGAAAAAGGAAAAAAGAAAAGACAGGAGGAAGAAAAUAAAUGGAAAUGGUGGCAAGAGGAAAAAAGUGAAGAUGGUGUGAAAUGGAAACAAUUAGAACAUAAAGGGCCAUACUUUGCACCUUUAUAUGAACCACUUCCAGAUGAAGUUCACUUCUAUUAUGAUGGAAAAGCUAUGAAGUUGAGUUUAGCAACUGAAGAGAUUGCUACCUUUUAUGGGAAAAUGUUGGAUCAUGAAUAUACAACUAAAGAAGUUUUUCAAAAUAACUUCUUCAAUGACUGGCGGAAGGAAAUGACUGUGGAAGAGAAAAAGAUAAUCAAGCACCUGAACAAGUGUGACUUCACGGAGAUCCACAAGUACUUUGUUGAUAAGAAUGAAGCCAGAAAAGCUUUGCCCAAAGAGGAGAAACAGAAGCUAAAAGAAGAGGCAGAAAGACUUCAGGAAGCGUUUGGCUACUGUAUAUUAGAUGGCCACAGAGAGAAAAUAGGCAAUUUCAAGACUGAGCCACCUGGGUUGUUUCGUGGUCGUGGGGACCAUCCUAAAAUGGGGAUGUUGAAGAAAAGAAUAAUGCCAGAAGAUGUAAUCAUAAACUGCAGCAGGGAUUCUAAAAUACCAGAGCCACCUCCAGGUCACAAGUGGAAAGAAGUGCGUUUUGACAACACAGUCACUUGGCUGGCAUCCUGGACUGAGAAUAUCCAGAAUUCCAUUAAGUACAUCAUGUUGAAUCCCAGUUCAAAGCUUAAGGGUGAGAAGGACUGGCAGAAAUAUGAAGUUGCUCGACGUCUGAAGGAGGUAGUAGACAAAAUCCGUUUUCAGUACCGUUUUGACUGGAAAUCAAGGGAAAUGAAAAAACGGCAAAGAGCUGUAGCCCUUUAUUUCAUUGAUAAACUGGCCCUGAGAGCUGGUAAUGAGAAAGAAGAAGGAGAAACAGCAGACACUGUUGGCUGCUGUUCUCUUCGUGUGGAACACAUACAGUUACACCGUGAGUUGGAUGGGCAAGAACAUAUUGUUGAAUUUGACUUUCUGGGAAAGGAUUCCAUCCGGUACUAUAACAAAGUACCUGUUGAAAAGCCAGUAUUUAAGAAUUUGCAGCUUUUCAUGGAGAACAAGGACCCGGGGGAUGAGCUGUUUGACAGACUUACUACAUCAACCCUGAACAAGCAUCUUCAGGACCUAAUGGAUGGAUUGACCGCCAAGGUGUUCAGGACUUAUAAUGCAUCCAUCACACUGCAGGAACAACUGAAAGUACUGACCAAUGCUGAAGACAAUGUAGCAGCUAAAAUUUUGUCCUACAACCGAGCAAACCGCGCAGUAGCUAUUUUAUGUAAUCAUCAGCGAGCAACUCCUAAGACUUUUGAGAAGUCCAUGCAAAAUCUCCAGACUAAGAUUGAUGCUAAAAAGGAGCAGCUAGCCAUGGCGAAGCAGGAGCUGAAGAGAGCCAAGGCUGAUGCCAAAGUGAGAAAGAGCAUCAAGUCCAAGAGUAAUGUAGACAAGAAGAAAAAACUGCUGGCCAAGUUAGAAGAGCAGCUUAUGAGGCUGUGCACCCAAGCCACAGACAAAGAGGAAAACAAGCAGGUCGCCCUGGGCACAUCCAAACUCAACUACUUAGACCCCAGGAUCAGCAUCGCCUGGUGUAAGAAGUUUGGAGUGCCAGUGGAGAAGAUUUAUAAUAAAACACAGAGGGAGAAGUUUGCCUGGGCAAUCGAUAUGGCAGAUGAAGAGUUUGAGUUCUAAACUAGUAUUUCUGUAUCUAUUUUUGAAUCGUUGAGGUUUUCGAUUAUUAAACAACAUUGGGAGGAA